GAGGAGCGAGUGGGGGAAACCCGCGUAGCCGAAGGAGCUGCGGCGCAGGGAGAUGUCUAUCUGCGUUGUGAUGUUUUACAAUAAGUGGAUCUUCAUGGAGCAUUCUCUGAAAGCCGACCUAAUGUAGAACCUCUUUCUGGGCUCAGCGUGUGAGGAGUUAGAAGAUUCUGCCCCAGUGACCCCGCUGGCUAGGACACAGACAGAACCUGGGUGUGAAAUAGAGUUUACACUGCCAAGGCCUCAUGAAGUUUAGGACCUGGAGCCUCGGGGAAGAGAGAUUUGAUAUAUCCAGUCCCAUGCUGGGCAGUGCUAAUGGGGACACCAUGAUGACCAUGAAAGUUCUGGCCCUUCCUCUCUCCCCUGGGGGGUUUAUGAUCCAGUAGAGGAGACAGAUCCAUCCUUAGACACUGAUGACUCAGAGUGGGCAGGGCUGGGACAAGGGAACUGUUCCAGGCUGAGUCAGAUUUGGGGCGGCUGGCUGCAGAGACUGAACUGAGAGAGAUGUCCGUUUGACACCAUGGCGUCAGCCUUGAAUGCCAAGCCCAGAGACUUAGACUCAGUGCCGCGGGAGCCGUCGCAGGUUCUGCCAUUUGGUUUUCAGGGUGGCCUGUGGAGUCCCUUACCACCAUCCAGAUCCUAAGAUGCAGUGAGCCCCUGCCUGUCUGCCACCGUUCCCCAGAAUGGACCGCGGCAGUCUCCUGCCCUUCCAGCUGUGGUGCCCCCGUCCCUUUGGUACCUACUCACAGAAUCAGCCACGCCCGCCUUCUGCAGCCCUCAAGCCGCCGGCCUGCCCCGAGCCAGGCGGUGGGGCCGAGCCGGACCACGGGCCUGCGCAUUCAGAGAACACGCCACCCGCCUUGGCCACGGAGGCCCCUGCCCCCCAGCCCGCCCCGCUCCUCUCAGCCGCAGCUGCUGGUGACGAGGGUCGAGUCCUGCUGGACACGUGGUAUGUUAUCAAGCCCGGGAAUACAAAGGAGAAGGUGGCCUUCUUUGUGGCCCACCAGUGUGGUGGCGGCAGCCGGGCCAGCUCCAUGAAGGUCAAGGGGCACUGGGGUAGUGACAGCUCCAAGGCCAAGCGGAGGAGGCGCUGUCUUGAGCCUACUAAAGCUCCGCCCGACCCAGGGGGCCGAGAGGGGCCCCCAGCUUCUGAGGGGACCCCAGCCUCAGCCGGUGAGGAUGUGGACCUGCUCUCUGUGGCCGAGAUGGUGGCCUUGGUGGAACAGCGGGCCGCGCUGGCGCUGCAGAACUACCCGCGCCCCGGCGCCCCGGCGCCCGUGGUCUUCGUGUCGGCAGAGCAGGGUGGGCCUGCCAAGGGCCUGGGGUCGGAACGGCGGUCUGGCGGAGGGGACUGCAGCCGUGUAGCUGAGGCGGUGGCCCACUUCGAGGCCCAGCGGGACAACCCUCCGGCCAAGGGUCUCCGCAAGGAGGAGCGGCCUGGGCCAGGCCCCGGGGAGGUGCGCAUCGCCUUCCGUAUCUCCAAUGGCCGAGAGCCCCGGGCACCGGAUGGCAGCUUGCCCAACGGGAGUGGGGGCCGGCCCGGCUGUGCCUACCCUGGCAGCCCGGGGCCCGGGACCCGAGCCAAGGACAAGAUCACCUGCGACCUGUACCAGCUCAUCAGCCCCUCUCGGGACGCCCUCCCCAGCAACGUGGAGUUCCUUCUGGCCAGGGCGGACGAAGCCAGCGAGGGCGAGACCCCAGCCCCUGCCAGGCCCGAGGACACGCCCCCGGCCCCGCCCCCACCCCCUGCCCGGGACUGCGGAGCAUCUGGCUUCCACGUGGACGUGGUGGUGACGGGUGUGGUGGACGAGUGCAUCUUUUUUGGCAAGGAUGGCACCAAGAACGUGAAGGAGGAGACGGUGUGCCUGACGGUCAGCCCCGAGGAGCCUCCCCCACCCGGCCAGCUCUUCUUCCUCCAGUCCCGUGGGCCGGACGGGCCCCCCGAGCCACCCCCGGCCGACUCACCGGCCACCGCGCCCGGCCCGGAUGACGCAGAGGGCACGGCGGACACCUCUCUGUGUCGCCUGUACCGGCACGUGUCGCACGACUUCCUGGAGAUACGCUUCAAGAUCCAGAGGCUGCUGGAGCCACGACAGUACAUGCUGCUGCUGCCCGAGCACGUGCUGGUCAAGAUCUUCAGCUUCCUGCCCACGCGGGCCCUGGCAGCCCUCAAGUGCACCUGCCACCACUUCAAGGGCAUCAUCGAGGCGUUCGGUGUGCGGGCCACAGACUCGCGUUGGAGCCGCGACCCACUCUACCGUGAUGACCCUUGCAAGCAGUGCCGCAAGAGAUACGAGAAGGGCGACGUGUCGCUCUGCCGCUGGCAUCCCAAGCCCUACCACCACGACCUGCCUUACGGACGUUCUUACUGGAUGUGCUGCCGCCGAGCCGACCGCGAGACGCCCGGCUGCCGCCUGGGGCUGCACGACAACAACUGGCUCUCUGUCUCUGGAGCCAUGUCCUACCAAGAGGCUGCAGCACCGAAGGCUGCUAAUUCAGAGCCUCGGGAGGAGCUGCUUUUUGUCAACAAAUUCUUGGUCCAGCACAGGUUUGCUAAGCAGCUGGGAACGCACCGAGCUAUCCUCAAGGACAGCAUGUCCCAGACGUUGCUGAUCAUGGGACUUCUCAGGUGCUCAUUACGGAGUCCCAGCCUCUGCCUGGAGUUCUGA